AUGCUUCUUCAACCUAUUUUCCUUUCUGUAAUCUCCUUCGUAUUCUGGUCGCGUUGGACACUUAACGGCGUCGUUUUGGAUCCACAGGCCAAUCUUAUGUACACCCGCUACUCACCAUCUGCCAACCAAGUGGUCUUGCCCAACUUAUCCAUCUUCCAUGAAAACGUAAACGCAACGUUUCGAGAGAUCAAAGAGAAUAUCAUCUCUGAGAACAAGUACUUGGCGACAGCAAGGAAAGCCAACGCAGAAAACCCUGUUUCUACACUUUUUCAGUGUAGAAACUAUAUCUCCAUUCCCGACUGUGUCGCCUGCUUCGACGUCGCAGCCCGGCAAGUCCGUAAGUGUCCUCCGGCGGCACAAGGUGCCGGCGUUGUCUUCGAUGGCUGCUUCCUCAGGUACGAGACCAAUGCCUUCUUUUGGAAGACAACGGAGGAUUUCACUGCCGUAUCAUGUGGAAAUCAAACUGUAGGAGAAUCCAUUACAUUAUUUACCUCACUUGUGCAACAACUGCUGAAGAAUCUGCAAACAACAACACCCAAAAAGCAAGGGUUUUUUGCAGCCACAAAGAUAGAAUUGCCUGAUAAUAAUGGUACAACUGUUUAUGGCUUUGCUCAAUGUAUUGAAACUGUCACUCCAAACGGCUGUUUCAAUUGCUUGAACACUGGAUAUGACAAUAUUAUGCCCACUUGUCUUCCCAAUUCGGAUGGUAGGGCUUAUGCUGAUGGAUGUUUCAUGAGAUACUCCACCUCUUCCUUCUUUCCACAUUAUUACCAGCCCAUUGAUAUUACUUCCUUGGGCAAACAAGAGGAACAUUUAAUAUGCAAAAAUUAUGACUUAUUUGAAAACGAGUUAUCUAGUCUUGUCUUGUAGGUUCAAGUAAAAAGGGGGCCGUUAUCGGGGGAGUUGUUGUAGGAUUUACUCUUGUUAUG